AUGCCACCAAAGAAGAAGGUUGAAGACGAGAGACCAGCUCUCAUUGGAAGACUUGGAACCAACUUGAAGGUCGGUAUUUUGGGAUUACCAAAUGUCGGUAAGAGUACAUUCUUCAAUGUGCUAACGAAGUCUGCUGCUCAAGCUGAAAACUUCCCUUUCUGCACAAUCGAUCCUAACGAGAGUAGAGUUGCCGUAUCUGAUACUCGUUACGAUUGGCUUGUUGAACACUAUGGACCAGCUAGCAAAGUUCCAGCUUUCUUGAAUGUUACUGAUAUUGCUGGACUUGUCAAGGGAGCCUCUGAGGGUCAGGGACUCGGAAACGCUUUCUUGUCUCAUGUCUCAGCUUGUGAUGCUCUCUUCCAUCUUUGUCGUGCUUUCGAUGACGAUGAUGUUACUCACGUCGAAGGAGAAGUUAACCCUACUCGUGAUUUGGAUAUCAUCAUGGAAGAACUCUUCGCGAAAGAUAUUCAGUUCAUCGAUGGACCCUUAAAGAAAGUCGAAACUCUGGUCACUCGUGCCAACGACAAAACAAAAAAGGUUGAGUACGAAUGCCUUUUGAGGGUGCAAAAGCUAUUGGAAGAGAGAAAGUUCAUUCGUCAUGAGAGUUGGAACGAGAAGGAAAUUGAGGUUUUGAACAAGCAUCUUUUCUUGACUGCCAAGCCUAUCGUCUAUCUUGUCAACUUAUCUGAGAAGGACUACAUCAGAAAGAAAAACAAGUGGCUUGCUAAGAUUAAGGCAUGGAUUGAUGAGAAAGAUGCCGGAGCUGUGCUCAUUCCAUUCUCUGGAGUAUUCGAGCAUAAACUUAUUGAAAUGCCCGACGAUGAACGAGACAAAUUCCUUAAGGAGCAAGAAGCUACGUCUGCCUUAGAUAAGAUUGUUCAUACUGGAUACAAAGCCCUCCAACUGGAAUAUUUCUUCACCGCUGGAAAGGAUGAAGUUAAAGCCUGGACUAUCCAGAAAGGUACUAAUGCACCAAAAGCUGCCGGAAGAAUCCACACAGAUUUCGAGAAGGGAUUCAUUAUGGCAGAAGUUAUGAAGGUCGCUGACUUAAUAGAGCUUGGAGAUGAAAAUAAGGUCAAAUCUGCCGGAAAGUAUCGCCAACAAGGAAAGACCUAUAUUGUUGAGGAUGGUGAUAUCAUCUUCUUCAAGUUUAACGCUGGUGCUGGAUUGACUGCUGGAAAGAAGAAGUAG